CCCUCAAAGUCUCAAACUAGCCGUUCCCAUUUCACAGCUGUCCAAACAAUCCCUUAUUCUAGUGAGAGAAACAAACCCCAAAAAACCCCUCUUUUUAGAGAGAGAGACAAACUCAAUCCCAAAAAAAUUCAACCUAUUUUUCCAGAAGUGAGAAAAACAAACAAUCUCACCAACAAAAAUGGCCGACAAUAGAAAGCUAGUAGCAAUAAUAGCCGUUGGAUUAUUCCUAGCUCUAAUCUCAACCGUAGAUGCAGGGGUUGAUCUUGAUCCAACGGUAAUGGGGUUGUUCGGAAGUGGUGGAUCUGGGUGUAAAGGAACAGUUGAUGAAUGUUUGGGGAUGAAUGAAGAAGAUGAAAUGGAUUCAGAAAUUUACAGGCGUAUUUUAGCAACAAAUAACUAUAUUAGUUAUAAUGCGCUGAAUAAGAACAGAGUUCCUUGUUCAAGACGUGGUGCUUCGUACUAUAAUUGUCGUCCAGGUGCUCAAGCUAAUCCUUACUCUCGUGGUUGCAGUGCUAUUACUCGUUGUGCAAGACGCUAAGAAUUUUUUUUUAUUUUUUUUUAUUUUUAUUUUGUUAUUAUGAUGAUGAUUAUUAUUAGCCCAUUUCUUAAUUUUCUAAAACAAAAAAGGAAAAAAAUGUUGUAAUUUUUAUUAUUUUUUAUUUUUAUAUUAAUUCUAUGAUUUGGGGUUUGUUUGGUAUACAUGGAUAAAAAGAAUCAAGGUAAGAGGAAUUUAAAGAUGGGUUUGUUGUUAAUGUUAAUUUCAUUGUGAUACACUUUUUUUUGGGUUUUGUAUUAUAUUGGUAAUAAAUAUUUAGUUAUUCUUUUUAUGAGAUGA